AUGGCGGCGUCUGCGUCUACAGCUGCCGGGGAAGAGGACUGGGUCCUUCCGUCUGAAGUCGAAGUAUUAGAGUCUAUCUAUCUGGAUGAACUACAGGUGAUGAAAGGAAGUGGCAGCUCCUCACCCUGGGAGGUCUGUAUCACUCUGCACCCUGCCACCGCAGAGGUCCAGGACUCGCAGUUCGUCUGCUUCACUCUGGUACUUCAGGUCCCCGUACAGUAUCCCCACGAGGUGCCACAGAUCUCCAUCCGUAAUCCCCGAGGACUUUCAGAUGAGCAGAUCCACAAGAUCUCACAGGCGCUGGACCAGGUGGCCAAGGAGGGACUAGGCACAGCCAUGCUCUAUGAACUCAUUGAGAAAGGGAAGGAAAUUCUCACAGACAACAAUAUCCCCCAUGGUCAGUGUGUCAUCUGCCUCUAUGGUUUCCAGGAAAAGGAGGCCUUCACCAAAACACCCUGUUACCACUAUUUCCACUGCCACUGCCUUGCUAGGUACAUCCAGCACAUGGAGCAAGAGCUGAAGACACAAGGACGGGAACAGGAGCGACACCAUGGUGUCAGCAAACAGAAGGCAGUCGGUGUGCAGUGUCCUGUGUGCAGGGAGCCCCUUGUGUAUGAUCUUGCCUCGCUGAAAGCAGCCCCUGAACCCCAACAACCCAUGGAGCUGUACCAACCCAGUGCAGAGAGCUUGCGCCAACAGGAAGAGCUCAAGCUGCUGUAUCAGAGGCAGCAGGAGAAAGGUGGCAUCAUCGACCUUGAGGCUGAACGGAACCGGUACUUCAUUAGCCUUCAGCAGCCUUCUGCUGCUCUUGAACCUGAGUCAGUUGUAGAUGUCUCCAGAGGACUCCAAGCACCCACUGCCCUUUCUGCAGAACAAUCUGCUUCCCCAGCUGCCCCAUCAGCUCUGCCAACUCCUCUACCCAUGGCUACCCAGUAUGUGUACGAGAAGACUCUAGGGGCUGGGCCAAAUCAACAGAGGCUGGAGGAAACCCAGAGAUCCAUGCUAGAUCCUCCACGACCUGGCCGUGGCUCUUGGCGACAGUAUGAUCGGAGGCACCCAAAAGGAGGGGAGUGCUGUGCCCCAAAAGGUACCAGUGACAUCCACAAACUGCCAUCUGAGAAGCCUCUCAAGGAGCCUGUGGACUUAAAGGCAGAACCCCGUAACAAAGGGCUCUCAGGUCUUCCUCAGGAGAAGGGGCCUAGUAGCUGGCAGGGCCCCACAGCUCGCAGGACUCGGGACUGUGCUCGCUGGGAACGCUCCAAAAGCCGUACACCAGGUCCUUCCUACCCCCACCUACCUCGGGGACAGGGCGCAUACCGGUCUGGUACUCGCAGGGAGCCCCUGGGCUUGGACUCUGAGGAACGUUCCUAGCAGUACUGUGGGGGGACAGGGAAUUGGGGUGGGAGGGAGGCAAUAAAGAGGUUUGGCCUUCUUUGCUUAACAGCACCUAGCUUGUGUGAUACGAUUUUUUUCUAAGUUGCUACUAGAUUUGGGUAUGGCAGGGGGCUCCCACCUUUGCUCUAAGUCUGUUUACCAAUGGCACUAGGGUGAAAAGGGUCUUCCUUCCCUGUCAGUGUGGUCAGUUU